AUGGCGCAGUCUCUUCAGCACUUCGGCCGUGGAGCCCUCCGGGUGGCCAAAAACUAUACCAAGGGUUACAGUGAUACCCAGACGAAAGUGCGCGAUGCGACAUCGAACGACCCAUGGGGACCCUCAGGAACGCAGAUGAACGAAAUCGCUCAGCUCACAUACAACCAGGGUGACUUUGUUGAGAUCAUGGAGAUGCUGGAUAAGCGCCUCAACGAUAAGGGCAAGAACUGGCGGCAUGUGUUCAAGGCGCUAACUGUUCUCGACUACUGCUUGCAUGCGGGCUCGGAGAACGUCGUGGUCUACUUCAAGGACAACCUGUACAUCGUCAAGACGCUCAAGGAGUUUGUCUACGUCGACGACCAGGGCAAGGAUGUGGGCCACAAUGUCCGCCAGAAGGCCAAGGACAUUACGAACCUUCUGCAGGACGAGGAGAGGCUUCGCACCGAGAGGCGACAGAGAGGUGCGAUGCGUGACCGAAUGCUGGGGAACAUUGCAGACAGCGGCCUGCAAGGCGAGGAGGACUUGGGUGACCGGCGCAACGGGAACGCACCGCGUCGCCAGAGGCCAGCCAACUACCGCAACCCGUCGCGGGAAGAGGACGACGACCUGCAGCGCGCACUGCAGGAGAGCAUGGACACGAGCCGUGAGGAAGACAAGAGACGCUCGCAACGAGUCAAGGAGGAGGACGACCUCCAGAAGGCGUUACGGUUGUCAGAGGAGGAUGAGGCGCGCAAGAAGCGGGAAGCUGAGGAGGCCAACCAGCGUGCACUAAUGGACGACAACUUCCAGCUCGAGAGCAACAACCAGUACUCGCAGCAGAAUCAGCAAGGCAUGGGAAUGAUGAACACAGGCUUCCCCCUCGUCGACACGAGCACGGGCUGGGGCGGCCAGCAGCAGCUCCAGCCACAAUUCACCUCGUACAACCCAUUCUAUGCGCAGAUGCUUGCGCAGCAGCAACAACAGCAACAACAACAGCAGAUGAUGCAGCAGCAAGAAAUGAUGCAGCAGCAGCAGAUGCUAGAGCAGCAACGUCAGCAGGAGGAGUACAUGCGCCAGCAGAUGAUGCUGCAGCAACAGCAAAGCCUCAUCCCACAGCACACGAGCGUGGGAUCCAACAAUCCUUUCGCACCACGCCCACAGCAGCAGAGCCUGCUCGACCAGGGUUCGAGCAACCAGAACCAGAACAAUUCGCUAUUCUCCAACUCCUUCCUCCCUGUACCCAGCGUGCAGACACAGCUGCCACAGCAGCCCACCUCCCCUGUCCAGUCGCCAGUCUCGGCGACGCCAGUGUCCCCAGCCAAGCCCGCAUGGCAGGCCCCCGUCGACAAGGACGACGGACAGCACGCUCACCUUGCCAACCUCCUCAGCGCGGGCCGCGAAGGCGGAACCGACACAUUCGGUAACGUCGGCAAUCUCCGCUUCGGUGCCAACAACCCGUUCGGUGGUAUGGGCAGCCAAAAGACAGGCAUGCCGCAGCAGCAGAAGCCGAACGACCAGCCAUUCUUCCAGAUAUAG